CCCGCCGCGCCGGCCGCCGACCGCCCGCGCGAUGGGUUCUUGAUGCUGGUCGUGCGGCGAGGGCUCGGUGUUGCCGGACCCGGGCUCGGGCACGCUCGUCUGCACCUCCUGCGGCCUCCAACACGACGCCGGCGCCUCCGAGUUCUACAAUCCGACCGCCUUCACCAAGGACGGCCAGGUUGAUUUCCGCGCCGCCUCCCUCGUCCGCCACCUCUCCAAGUCCCCCUACCGCGAGCUCAAGCUUGCCGCCGCCUCCAACGUCAUCACCUCCAUGGCCGUCCAACUCGGCCUCUCGCCCACCCGCGCCGAGGAGAUCCUCAGCAUGGCCAAAUCCGCCACCGCCGGGAACCUCGCCACCGUCGGCACCACCUUCCUCCCGGCCCUCGCCGCCGCCUGCUCCUUCCUCGUCGCGCGAUCUCACCGCCUCCCUCUCUCCCUCGCCGAGGCCGCCGAGGCCGCGUCCUGCACCACGGUCGCGCUCGGUGACCUCGUAUCCCGCAUCGCCUCCCACCUCUCCCUUCCCCCCUCCCCUCCUUCGACUACCAGGCCGCGCUCGAACGCGCCGUGCUAGGCUCGUACAAGCUCACCACCGCUGCGGGUGAUGAGAAGACGAGAGCGAUUCUCUCCCAAGCCAGAUUUCUCCUCUGCUGCUCCUCCAAGUGGUCGCUCACCACCGGGCGGCACCCACUCCCACUUCUUGCCGGCCUGAUUGCCUUUGCCGCAGAGCUGAACGGGGUCGCUGAGGUUUCUGUGGAAGACAUUGCCCAGGAGAUGUCGGCGGUCGUGCACACCAGCCGUCUCCGAUACAAGGAACUCGUUAAAGCGCUGGUGCAUGUCGCGCAGAAGUUGCUCCCGUGGGGUGCCGGCGUCAAUGCCAGAAACCUGCUCCUGAAUGCCCCAAUGCUGCUCCGGCUCAUGGAGAUGCGGUCACAGUCUGACCCAUCGGAACUGUUUCUUGAGAGCUUUGCUCCGGACAUCGCCGGCAUUGUGCAGGUGUACUCAUCUGUUGAUGAGGACGAGUCCAAGUACCUCCAGAUUGUUCCCCUGGAUGUUGAUGCUUUGGAUUUCGAGAAUUCUGGGAAAGAGGGCAAGGAAUCAGGGGAUUUGAAGAUCUCAGAGGAUUGCUUGUCAGAUGCUUACCAGAAUGUCUUAAAGAGGCUCUCUAAGCUAAAGGAACUUGGGAAGGUUGGGAAAGUUGCUAGCAGGAGGAAGCAGCGGAGGAUAGGGCUGGAGCUGGAACCAUGGAUGGAUUCGCUGGAUGAUGAUCGGACCAAGCGCAUGCCGCUUGAGGAGGUAGCAGAUAUUGACAUUGGCUAUGAUGCACCUCCUCCAUCGUUUACUGCUGGAUUGGAGCUGCAGAAGCGGAGGAGAGCACGAAUUGAAGAUGCUAAGUGUCGAAUCGCUGCAAUUAGGAAGGCUCCUGCUGCAGGCACUGCAAAUGCAAUUGAUUCACCGGCUGUUCAUGGAAAUGAAGAUGCUUGUCCACCACAAAAAAAUAGCAGGAAGAAGCUGGGUCGAAAGAGACGAGAUGGCAGGGAUCAUCAUAUCGUGUAUGGAGAUCAUCUAGCGGAGAUGUCAGACGCUCCUGACUCUGAGAAGAAGAAACGUAAAAGAGACCCAUGUGAUGGUAUUGACUGGGAAGAUUGCGUUAUCGAACUCCUUUUAUUACAUGGUGCAAAUGAGGCAGAGAUUGAACAAGGCCAAUACAGAAGACCGUUGGAGUUGCAUGUCUUCAGUGCAAUAAGUGGAGACAGAUAAAAACCGUCACCUUCUCCACUUAUCACGGUGAUAAACUCCCCCUUCUCGACUUAUUGCAUGGACGAAGGCGGAGUUGCAUGUCUUCAGUAUAUGACCAAGAUCGCCGCCUUCUUCCUCCAGGCUGGCAGUCACCUGCAGGCCAAUGUGAAGGUGACGAGAUACACAAGGGGUGGUAGAAGGACUGCAGGAGGACGUGAAGACAUGCGCUGUUUUAGAUCCACCCAACUCAUUCCAAGUUUUUGCAAGGAGUUUGGGUUAUUCUGAAGACUUCUUUUAGGAUCUUGAAUUACUCUGAGCAAUUCCCACAAGAGUUGAGAGUAUAGUCUGAACACUGGCCAUAGUGUGCCAUGACGACCACUUGCACUACAGGAGCAUCGUGGCGCGGUCAUCUUUCCUUUCCCCUCCUCCAGCCCCCUCCCUUUAUCUCUCAUUGUAGCUUUUAUGUGCAAGAGGUUUGAUAAAUGGGCAUAAGCACAACAGUUUCACAUUUCAUUGGUGUGCGCGCAUGAGAAAUGAACUUGGAAGGAUUUCUUUUCUGUGGUGAUUUUCUUCAUUAUUGUAUGCACGAGCAUCAUUCCUAAAUAUAGUUUAUCAUUCGUACCCUCUU